AUCAGCCAUGAGAGUGAUUGUGCUUGCCCUGACCUUGGCCUUCGUGGCUGCUCAGCCCCAUAACUAUGCUCCUGAUUUUGCUGCCGGUGAGACUUAUGUCUACAAAUAUGAGGCACUGCUCCUGGGCGGUCUUCCGGAUCAAGGUUUGGCAAGAGCCGGACUCAAAAUCAGCAGCAAAGUUCUCAUCAGUGCAACAGGUCAAAAUACAUUCAUGCUGAAGCUUGCUGAACCAGAGAUCGCUGAGUUCAGUGGUGUCUGGCCCAAGGAUCCUUUAGUCCCAGCACCAAAGGUGAUCGCAGCCCUGGCCGCUCAGCUCUCGACUCCCGUCAAGUUUGAGUAUGCCAAUGGUGUUGUUGGAAAAAUCUUUGCCCCUGAGGGAAUCUCAACAAUGGUGCUGAACGUCUACAGAGGUAUCCUGAAUGUUCUUCAGCUCAACAUCAAGAGGACACAGAAUGUCUAUGAGAUGCAGGAGGCUGGAGCUCAGGGUGUGUGCAAGACCCUUUAUGCCAUCAGUGAAGACGAAAGGGCUGAACGCAUCCAUUUGACUAAGACCAGGGAUCUGAACCACUGUCAGGAGAGGGUGAUGAUGGAUAUAGGAUUGGCAUACACUGAGAAAUGUGUAAAGUGUCAGCAGGAUUCAAAGAACCUGAGAGGAGCUACAGCAUACAAUUAUGUCUUGAAGCCAGUUGCUAACGGCAUCCUGAUCCUGGAGGCAACAGUCAAUGAAGUGAUCCAGUUCUCACCUUUCACUGAAAUGAAUGGAGCUGCUCAGAUGGAGACAAAGCAAUCCUUGGUCUUCCUUGAGACUCAGAGAGCCCCUAUUGUACCCAUCGCGGUUCAGUAUCUUCACCGUGGAUCUCUCAAGUACGAGUUCUCCAAUGAGCUUCUUCAGACACCCAUUCAGCUCAUCAAGAUCACCAACGUCAAGGCUCAGAUUGUGGAGGCUCUGAAUCAUCUGGUUGCCCACAACGUUGAGAGAGUCCAUGAAGAUGCACCUCUGAAGUUUUUGGAACUCAUUCAGCUCCUCCGUAAUGCACGUUUUGAAGACCUGGAAAUGCUCUGGAGCCAAUACAGAACCAAACCUGCCUACAGACAGUGGAUCCUGGAUGCAAUCCCUGCCACUGGAACUCCUUCCGCUCUGAGAUUCAUCAAGGAGAAAUACAUGAUUGGUGACUUGUCUGUUGCUGAAACUGCUCAGGCUUUGAUUGCAUCUGUUCACAUGGUGACAGCAAACACUGAGGCCAUCAAGAUCAUCCAGGCAAUGGCAGUCAACAACAAGAUAGUGCAAAACCCAAUUCUGCGUGAGAUCGUCCUCCUUGGAUAUGGUACCAUGAUUGCAAAACACUGUGUUGAGAUGGCUGUCUGCCCUGCUGAACUUAUUAAGCCCAUCCAAGAGCUCCUUGCAGAGGCUGUUGCUAAAGAUGAGAUCAAGGACAUCAUCCUGCUCAUGAAGGUUUUGGGAAACGCUGCCCAUCCUACUAGCCUUAAGCCCAUCACAAAGGUCCUGCCCAUUCAUGGCACUGCAGCUGCAUCUCUGCCCAUGAGAGUCCACGCUGAUGCCAUCCUGGCCCUGAGGAACAUUGCAAAGAAGGAGCCUAGAGCGGUUCAAGAAUUGGCCAUUCAGCUUUACAUGGACAAGGCUCUUCACCCAGAGCUUCGUAUGCUUGCAUGCAUUGUGCUGUUUGAGACAAGGCCUCCAAUGGGUUUGGUGACAACUCUUGCCAAUAUUGUGAAGACAGAACAGAAUAUGCAGGUAGCAAGCUUCACUUAUUCUCACAUGAAGUCCCUGACGAGGAGCACUAUCCAUGCCACAGUUACUGCAGCUUGCAACGUCGCCAUAAAGCUCUUGAGCCCAAGGCUAGACAGAAUGAGCCUACGUUUCAGCAAAUCCAUCUACAUGGAUGUCUAUAACAAUCCCUUAAUGCUCGGUGCUGCUGCCAGUGCUUUCUACAUCAAUGAUGCUGCCACCAUUCUGCCCAGAUCCUUGAUGGCUAAAACCACUGCCUACCUUGCUGGAGCUGCUGCUGAUAUUCUGGAGGUUAGAGUUAGAACUGAGGGACUCCAGGAGGUUCUUCUGAAAAACCCUGAACUCGUUGACAAUGUUGACAGGAUCACCAAGAUGAAGCGUGUUAUUAAGGCUCUUGCUCAGUGGAAGGCUCAGCCCAACAGUGCACCUCUGGCAUCCGUCUAUGUCAAAUUCUUCGGACAAGAAAUUGCCUUCGCCGACAUCGACAAAGUUUUGAUUGAUCAGGCCAUUGCGCUUGCCACUGCACCCUCUAUGAAGGAAAUGGGUAUGAACGCUCUCAAGGCUCUGCUGGCUGGUAUUUCCAUGAACUUCGCUAAGCCCUUGCUUGUCAAUGAAGUGAGGCGUAUCCUGCCAACUGCUGCAGGUCUUCCAAUGGAGCUCAGUCUUUACACCGCUGUCGUGGCUGCUGCAUCUGUUCAAGUCAAGGCCAUCACAACACCAACUCUGCCAGAAAACUUCCAUCUUGCUCACCUUCUGAAAACUGACAUACAGCUUGAGACUGAGAUCAAACCAAGCAUUGCUUUGAACACAUUUGCUGUGAUGGGAAUAAACGCCCUCUUACUCCAGGCUAAUGUGAUGUCAAGAGCUAAACUCAACUCCAUUCUCCCAGCCAAAAUCACCGCAAGACUCGACCUCACCGAGGGCCACUUUAAGAUUGAAGCUCUGCCCGUUUCUGUGCCUGAAAACAUUGCAACUCUUCAAGUUGAGGCUUUAGCUGUGUCAAGAAAUAUGGAGGAUCUUACUGCUGAAAGAAUCACCCCCAUCAUCCCUGCCAAACUCGUGCAGCCCUUUUCUAAGCUUGUUUCAUCUGCUUCUGCUAGUUUGUCAAAGUCUUCAGAGAUCCUUAGCCAGGAGGUUGAAGCCCCCAUCAUUACACCCAAAGCAGUGCAGUUUGAGAAGAAGUAUUGUGUUAAAGCUGUUGCCCUUGGACUGAAGGGAUGUUUGAGGGUUGCCACUGAGAAUGCCGCUUCCCUCCAGGCUGCUAUUUUGUACAAACUGGUUGGAAAGCACUCUGCUGCUCUCUCCUUAAAACCAAUUGAAGGAGAGGCCAUUGAGCGACUGGAACUUAAGGUUCAGAUUGGACCAAAGGCUGCAGACAUACUUGUUAAACAGAUCAACCUGAGCGAAGACAUUAUUGAAGAACAACCACUUAUGAUGAAGCUGAAGAAACUCCUGGUCCCUGAUCAGAAGGUCAAAUCAUCUUCCUCUUCUAGCUCCAGCAGCUCUCGCUCAAGCCAUAGCUCCAGCAGCUCUCGCUCAAGCCCUAGCUCCAGCUCCAGUUCCAGCUCCAGCUCCUCCUCUCGUGUUGCCAGCAAGGCCCUUGAUGCAGCUGAUCCAGCCAAAAGACUUCGCAGCAGCAGCAGCAGCAGCAGGGCCUCCAGAUCUGUGAGCAAAACCAGCUCGGCAUCUAGCCUUGCAUCACUCUUUAGUGCUAGCUCAAGCUCCUCCAGCUCCAGUGCUCGUCUCUCAAAGCGACUGAUUGCUCGCAAGUUCCAGAAGAACCACAAGUUGCAGACUCUCACCUCUCAAGCAUCUGCCGUUUCCACAAGCAGAAGUAGUGCCUCAAGCUUUGAGGCCAUCACCACACAGAACAAAUUCCUUGCCAAACAUCUUGCUCCUAUCUUUGCAAUCAUCGCCCGUGUCAUCAAAGUUGACAAGAGGGAGAUUGGAUACGAACUGGCAGGCUACUUGGACAGACCUACCUCCAGACUUCAGAUUGUUCUGGCUGCCUUGGCUGCCGAUGACAACUGGAAGCUCUGUGCUGAUGGAGUUCUUCUUAGCAAACACAAAGCCACAGCUCAAAUCGCCUGGGGAGCAGAAUGCAAGCAGUACGACACAAUGAUCACAGCCGAGACAGGUCUUCUUGGAAAAAGCCCUGCAGCUCGCCUCAGAGCGACCUGGAAAGACCUGCCUUCUGCCCUUAAACGCUAUGCAAAGAAGGUUUAUGACUACAUUCCUGCACUAGCUGGCGUGAUCAAAGGAAAGGAUGAAACGAGCGUCAAUCAGCUAUCCUUAACAGUGGUUGCCACAUCUGCCAAAAUCAUUGAACUCAUUUGGAAAGCACCAACAGUAAGAAUAAUUCUGAU